GUUCUGUGAAACUUUAGGUUUUCAUAUAACUAAAAUAUAAUUUAUAACAAGAACAAUGUAUCUUAUUUACACAGACUAAUUUCUAAACACAUUUAUUGUAGUUUCAAGCGAAUUUGUACAUUUUUGGUGGGCUUUGCAUAUUUUGCAAAGACCCCUGAAACAGACAAAUCUGGAGUGUGCUUGUUGGCUGCGGGGUGCAGAUAAGUUAGUUUUACUUACCUCAGACUCUCCCUUGCGGCUGCUGCCAUCUUCAUACCCAAACUCCUCUUCCACUCCUGGUGCUGCGCAUGCGAGAGAGUGCAAUACUGAGAUCUAUGGAGCAUCCUGCGAGGCUGCAGGUUCCUCCAUAGACAGAGCCUAUUGUUAGUUAAGAACUCUGGUAGUUCGGUUUAAUGCCUUGGCAAUGUGACAAGGUGUAUUUUUGGUAAAAGAUGAGUUUAACAGGGAGCAAUGACACAGAGAUUACAGAGAGCAGUUUGUUGCUGUUACGUGCUGGUUGAAAUGCAGAGGACACCUAUAGGGUGAGCAGGUCAGCCCAUUGUGUGCAUUCUACCAAUGAGCUCAGUGAUACAGAGUUACAGUAAUACUGACUGCAUUCUGCUCUGAGAGACUCAGCCAUUGUCAGAACCGGCCAAUGACAAAGGAAACACGUUUAAAGAAAUGACAGAGUAUUAACCCGUGCAUACACACCCACAGAUUUACAACGAUAUAAACUGCAAGAGAGAGCAGAGACACAGAGAUAAAUAGGGAGACACACACAGACAGACAGAUAGAUAGAUAGGGAUAGGUAACAUUGUGUCACUUAAGUUAAAUCAUUAUCUACUGUAACUAUUUUUGAUACACAGUAACUGGUCACAUAUAAUAGAUAACAGAUUAAUACAUAGACACAGUUACUAAUAAUACCUAACUGGAUAAACACUCAGAUACUCUCUGCCAUAUUAUACUAUCGCUGCCCGAUACACGCAGACUGCGGAAACAGCCAAUCUGUAGUCGCUGUCACUUUGCCUGGAUUCCUUGUUUGUUGAACACUGGCCGUAGAAGUUUUUCCAGAAGAUGAGCAACCGUGUUCGCUGCGAGGAUGGCGUAACAGAUACGCAGUGUGGACAUGCAAAUGGUGGCCAGGUCACGUCGUUGGGUCCAGAGAUUAUUCAAGAACUCCUUGUCAAUAGUCACGAAGCCAAGAAAUUCGCCUACUGCCCGUACAGUAAAUUCCGUGUGGGUGCUGCGCUGUUGACUCACGAUGGGAAAGUCUACCUGGGCAAGUAUUUAUACAAACCCGUGUCUUCUCUAUCUCCAUUUAAUCUCCUGUGUCUUUCCACUUUUAUUAUUUUUGAACCUGCCUGGGAUUGUUCUCUGUUUGCACAUUAAGCUCACUCAGCGACUUUUUAGCAUAGUUUGUUACAAUUUCCUUCAGGUCUUUCUUCUGCGAUUUAAAACUCAGCUAUCCCCCCCACCACUAGAAACACCUUCCGCACUACCCACGUUCUUUCAGCAGCACUAGACUUUCUUCCUGUCAGGAUUUAUUGCACUCUAAAUUCAUUUCCAGACACUUAAACACACCUGUUCUGCUCCAGACCUUGAACACAGGUGUUUUAGAAAUAUAGUUUGUUGGGAAAGAAAGCAUUUUAUUUGCUGCUUGUGUUUCACCAGCAAGGUUUUGUAUCUUCGCCAGCAAUCAGUGGGUUAAUAUUUGCCGUAGCAAUCCUUUAAUUGACAAGAGCGUGCCGGAAGUGAUAAUGUUGAACAUAUAAACUCCCACCCUACCUAAACAAAAUGAUCUCCCCGGCUGUUCCCACCUCCUAUAACCUCCAAUCCAGUACCAACACUUUAUUUAGUCUACCUCAAUACAAAAAGAAAGCGGCCCGAUCCUCCUUCUCCUACAGAGCGCCGCAAUUGUGGAACGACCUCCCCCACAAUUUAAAAUCUUCCCCAAGCCUAAAGUCCUUUAAGAGACCCCUCUCUACAUACCUCAAAACAGAAUGCACCUGUCAUGGUUGAUUAUAUAUUUCCUACCUGUUCGUGUUAAACUUUGUAUUUAUUGUGUAUUAAUAUUGUUUUUGUAUUUUAUUGUAUCCUAUUGUAACAAUGCAAUGUUUGUGGACCCAGGACAUACUUGAAAAGGAGAGAAAUCUCAAUGUAUCCUUCCUGGUAAAAUAUUUUAUAAAUAAUAAGUGUUGCAUGCAUAUGUCUGCAUUUUUUUGUAAGGUUGUUUAUUCAAUGAACUAUUAGUUAUAGAGAAAUGACAAUUGCAAUUUACAUUUUAUGCUAAAAAAACAUAUGCUACAAAUUCUCCAAAUCAGCAGUUUUUCGGGUUGGCUGUUGUGGCCCAAAAUUUGCAUUACUUUAUUAAUGCUUUACAAAUGCACAGUUUAGUGAAGAAUUCCCAUACUGACUGAAAAUAUGGAUAAUAUUUGGAUAUUUUAAGAUGAGUAUAUGUUACAGGAGGGGACUGGAUUCCAAAAGAGUCAUCAAGAGUUUAUUAAAGAGAAAAUCUAAGCACCAAAACAACUUUAUCUUAAUAAAAUGGUUUUAGUAUAUAGAUCAGGGCUCCUCACUGCUCACUUCUCUGCCAUUGAGGAGAUAAAUCCCUUUUUCUGUUUAUGUUUAUUUCUGUUUGGCUGUGACUGACAAUGUCUCCAUAAAAAAUGGUUUUAUGUUCAAUUAGAUACAGCACAGUGUGUUUACUUUAGACGUUUUUGAUCUCCUGCUCUGUUAUUUGAUCUUUAAUCGCAAAUAGGAGGCGGCUGCAGGGUCUAGCAGGCUAUUAACAGAGCAGUAGGUAGGACUGUACAAUAAAGAAAUGUAAACUUUAGCUCUCUUUACAGGAAGUGUUUAGGAAGGCUGUGCAAGUCACAGGCAGGGAGGUGUAACUAGGGCUGCAUAAACACAAAGUGAUUUAACUCCUAAAUGGCAGAGAAUUGAGCAGUGAGACUGCAUAGGCAUGUUCUAUACACCAAAACUGCUUCAUUGAGAUAAAGUUGUUUUGGUGUUUAGAGCAUCUUUUUAAUUUAUACUUUUAUUAUGCAUGUUAUAGAAUGCUGGAAAUGAUAAAACGCAGACAUCCAGUAAUGCAUAGAAUUGGCAGUGUGUGGAAUAUCGGCAUUGCCAUCUUUCAUCAAAGUGUAAAAUCCCAAAUUAUGUAGUGACGGUGCAGUAUAUAUCCCGCCCUAGACAGGCUUUGAAAAAUGUGAAAAAGUGGUGGUAAGCAAGCUUAUUCACUUUCAUGUUUGAUGUCUGAGUUUAAUGAGUAAAACACACAUAAGGAUCACAAAUAGACAACCUGCGAAUAAAUUGUAUGAACUUUGCUGCAACUCUGAAAAGUGUAAACUGUGAUUUUGUGUCCAUUGUGUCUCGCAGGCUGCAAUAUAGAAAACGCAUGCUACACACUUGGUACAUGCGCAGAACGCACCGCUAUCCAGAAAGCGGUCUCCGAGGGCUACAAGGAAUUUAAAGCCAUAGCAGUCGCAACGUGAGUGCAACCAACGCUUUCUGUAGUAAAUGAUUGCAUUAAAUUUCAUGGGCUUUAUUCAGUACACAAUGAAUUGCAUUCAAUUAAAAAAAAAGGAUUGAAAUAUAAAUACCACAUCAUAUAUUCUGGACUGCCGAAUGUCAAUUCUGUGCAAAAAAUGUGUUUUCAAUGCGCUUUGUACUGAAGACGGAUGUAAUUAGCUUUGCCCUGUGCUAAAUCUCAGGUAAGUUAUAGAUUUUUUAUUUUAGUGUUUAGUGGAGGGCUGGCGGCAUAAACCAUGAUUAUUGGGCAUUAAGUCUCAAACGUUUCAGCAGUCAGGCUCAAUGUUUAAAGUAAAACAGCAGAACUGAAAAUCUGAAGAAAAAUAAUCAGAUUCCUUUAUUUUUCCAGCUUGACUAUUUUGGUCUGAGAUUGUGAAGUCCUAGUUUUGUGAAUAGGAACAUGAACAGACAAUAGAACACAUUGUAUUCUGUGUGAUCAUCACUGAACUAACCACAGACUGCGUGAGUUGUGUAAGAAUUAAACAAUCUUACAAAACUUUACUAGAAAUGCGUUCGUCAGUGGUGAUGAUGUAAAAUGGAACAUGAAGUAGCGUGUACUACAUGCACUACAUGGGUUCUUUCAUGUUUAUUGACGUGUUCCUAUGAUCAAUUCUGCAUUGUGUCUUACUGUAAAUCACCACAUCAUUGCGCCAAUUGAAAUUACACCACAUUGCACAUUCACUGGGUGACUCUCCUUAAGGUAGCUCAUGGGACAGAUCCAUAAUAGAUUAAAACACAUCAGUGUCUAGAAUGCUAUGAUAGUCCGUAUAUACAAAAUAGUCCUGUUAUUCCCCUCUCCAAGUGAAAUAUUCCAUCUUUAUUUUAUAUGCAAUAUUGCAUUUUAUCCUUAAAGGGAUAGUACACAACAACACAUUUGUUUCUUUAAUGGGCACUCCAGGCACUAACUGGAACUAAUACACUUAGGUCAAAACAGGUGCACGAAAAACUUUCUCUAACUCAUCCAGUGUUCCAGCUCAGCUAAUGUGGCCUAAUUUGUGCACUUGUUAAAUCCUGUACGAUUCGCGGUUCCAGCUCAGCUAAUGUGGUCUAAUCUGUGCACUUGUUAAAUCCUGUACGAUUCGCGGUUCCAGCUCAGCUAAUGUGGUCUAAUUUGUGCACUUGUUAAAUCCUGUGCGGUUCCAGCUCAGCUAAUGUGGUCUAAUUUGUGCACUUGUUAAAUCCUGUACGAUUCGCGGUUCCAGCUCAGCUAAUGUGGUCUAAUUUGUGCACUUGUUAAAUCCUGUACGAUUCGCGAUUCCAGCUCAGCUAAUGUGGUCUAAUCUGUGCACUUGUUAAAUCCUGUACGAUUCGCGGUUCCAGCUCAGCUAAUGUGGUCUAAUCUGUGCACUUGUUAAAUCCUGUACGAUUGUUCCAGCUCAGCUAAUGUGGUCUAAUUUGUGCACUUGUUAAAUCCUGUACGAUUCGCGGUUCCAGCUCAGCUAAUGUGGUCUAAUUUGUGCACUUGUUAAAUCCUGUACGAUUCGCGGUUCCAGCUCAGCUAAUGUGGUCUAAUUUGUGCACUUGUUAAAUCCUGUACGAUUCGCGGUUCCAGCUCAGCUAAUGUGGUCUAAUUUGUGCACUUGUUAAAUCCUGUACGAUUCGCGAUUCCAGCUCAGCUAAUGUGGUCUAAUCUGUGCACUUGUUAAAUCCUGUACGAUUCGCGGUUCCAGCUCAGCUAAUGUGGUCUAAUCUGUGCACUUGUUAAAUCCUGUACGAUUCGCGGUUCCAGCUCAGCUAAUGUGGUCUAAUCUGUGCACUUGUUAAAUCCUGUGCGGUUCCAGCUCAGCUAAUGUGGUCUAAUCUGUGCACUUGUUAAAUCCUGUACGAUUCGCGGUUCCAGCUCAGCUAAUGUGGUCUAAUCUGUGCACUUGUUAAAUCCUGUACGAUUCGCGGUUCCAGCUCAGCUAAUGUGGUCUAAUCUGUGCACUUGUUAAAUCCUGUACGAUUGUACGAUUCGCGGUUCCAGCUCAGCUAAUGUGGUCUAAUCUGUGCACUUGUUAAAUCCUGUACGAUUCGCGGUUCCAGCUCAGCUAAUGUGGUCUAAUCUGUGCACUUGUUAAAUCCUGUACGAUUCGCGAUUCCAGCUCAGCUAAUGUGGUCUAAUCUGUGCACUUGUUAAAUCCUGUACGAUUCGCGGUUCCAGCUCAGCUAAUGUGGUCUAAUCUGUGCACUUGUUAAAUCCUGUACGAUUCGCGGUUCCAGCUCAGCUAAUGUGGUCUAAUUUGUGCACUUGUUAAAUCCUGUACGAUUCGCGGUUCCAGCUCAGCUAAUGUGGUCUAAUUUGUGCACUUGUUAAAUCCUGUACGAUUCACGGUUCCAGCUCAGCUAAUGUGGUCUAAUUUGUGCACUUGUUAAAUCCUGUACGAUUCGCGGUUCCAGCUCAGCUAAUGUGGUCUAAUUUGUGCAUUUGUUAAAUCCUGAACGAUUCGCGGUUCCAGCUCAGCUAAUGUGGUCUAAUCUGUGCACUUGUUAAAUCCUGUACGAUUCGCGGUUCCAGCUCAGCUAAUGUGGUCUAAUCUGUGCACUUGUUAAAUCCUGUACGAUUCGCGGUUCCAGCUCAGCUAAUGUGGUCUAAUUUGUGCACUUGUUAAAUCCUGUACGAUUCGCGGUUCCAGCUCAGCUAAUGUGGUCUAAUUUGUGCACUUGUUAAAUCCUGUAUGAUUCGCGGUUCCAGCUCAGCUAAUGUGGUCUAAUUUGUGCACUUGUUAAAUCCUGUACGAUUCGCGGUUCCAGCUCAGCUAAUGUGUUAAUUAUUAAUUUCUCCUUUCUGAAAAGUUAAACUUGUCAAAAAAAUACCUAGAAUUGAUAUAUUUUAGGCCUUCGUGUGAUAUUAAUGAUUAACUGUGGAUAUAAUGGACUCAAUAUGCAUUGUUAUGCCAUGCUGUCAUACAAACCUCUCCCCCCCCCCCCAUGUCCCCCCAAAAAUAAAGAAAAAAUAAUCUUUCUUAAUUCAUGAGGUUAACAGAGUAAAUUACUAAUUUGUUCAGCACAUUUUUCGUGAGGUUUUUAAAACAACUGAAAUGCGUCAAUGAAUGUAUUCCCCAAAGUGUGAGUUUGUAGUGAUUGACACCUGAAUUUUUUUCCAAAAUUUGCUAAUCUGGUUUAUAUGUUGCAAUUCGGGGGUAAUUCAGCACAACUCAUUAUUUCGUUUGGAAUCGCUGCCCAUACUGAGAUUAACCCCUCGCUGUUGGGCAACGACGUUGGGUGUAAAUAGCCUUAAAAGGGAACCAUCAUAUACGUGUUAUAAAUAUAUAGAAAUACACGAGAUUAGACAGUCAGGGUGUGGAGGGAGGCCAGAGGCUGGGAGAUACCUGAGAACAUGAACUGACCAGAUUUUGGGUUCAAUUCACAAGCUCGCAUCCCAUUCUAACUGAAGUGGAAUAUAUUGUUUCUCUUUCCUGAGCCGAGAUACUUUUCUCUUCCAGAGAUGUGGAGAGUGACUUUAUCAGCCCGUGUGGAGCCUGCAGACAGGUUAUGAGAGAGGUAGGUUUCAUAAGGACCCUGAUGUUCUAGAGACAGAUUCUGACCUUAUCAGUCAUGUAAACCUUUAACACAUAAACCAGAGAUAACAUUUCGUCAGGAGACAGAACAUAUGGAUGGUGGGAUGAUUGACAGACAGAGGGCUGGGAUGGUGGGAUGAUUGACAGACAGAGGGCUGGGAUGGUGGGAUGAUUGGCAGACAGAGGGCCGGGAUGGUGGGAUGAUUGGCAGACAGAGGGCCGGGAUGGUGGGAUGAUUGGCAGACAGAGGGCCAGGAUGGUGGGAUGAUUGGCAGACAGAGGGCUGGGAAGGUGGUAUGAUUGGCAGGCAGAGGGCUGGGAUGGUGGGAUGAUUGGCUGACAGAGGGCCGGGAAGGUGGGAUGAUUGGCAGACAGAGGGCCGGGAUGGUGGGAUGAUUGGCAGACAGAGGGCUGGGAUGGUGGGAUGAUUGGCAGACAGAGGGCUGGGAUGGUGGGAUGAUUGGGAGACAGAGGGCUGGGAUGGUGGGAUGAUUGGCAGACAGAGGGCCGGGAAGGUGGGAUGAUUGGCAGACAGAGGGCUGAUGGUGGGAUGAUUGGGAGACAGAGGGCUGGGAUGGUGGGAUGAUUGGCAGACAGAGGGCUGGGAUGGUGGGAUGAUUGGCAGACAGAGGGCUGGGAUGGUGGGAUGAUUGGGAGACAGAGGGCUGGGAUGGUGGGAUGAUUGGCAGACAGAGGGCUGGGAUGGUGGGAUGAUUGGCAGACAGAGGGCUGGGAUGGUGGUAUGAUUGGCAGACAGAGGGCUGGGUUGAUUGGGAGAUAGAAGGUUUGGUACACGGUAUGAUUGGCAGAUACUGGUUUGGUUAGAAGAUUGAACUGAUUUCAACAAUGAUAUAGAAAUAGCAGUUAUAUAAUAUAACUUUCAUUUUUCUUCUUUUCUCAGUUUGGACAAGAAUUGGAAAUUAUUCUAACCAAAUCUGAUGGGACGUACAUAAUAAAAACACUGCACCAGAUGCUACCAAUGUCUUUCGGACCAGAGAAACUAGAGAUAAAAUGAGAAGGAAGAUUUGUCACGCAAUCUGUGUUAUUUAUUAGAUAUCACAUAUAUUAAUUAUAUGUCUGAAUGUAACCUGAAUAUAUUGUAUUAAUCACAUCUGUUUCUUGACUUCCUUAUAUUUGCUAGUUAUGUGUCGCUCUCUGGACUAGCAAUCAUCCUUUACAAUUAUUAGCAGUGGGCAGCAUUAGGGAUCACACCCAGGAGCAUUUUAUAGAAGGCUGUGUGGUGAUAUGAGGAUGGAGUGAGAGGGAUGGCAGAGGUCAUUAUAAGGAAUAACGGUUUGCACUCAUUCAAGGCUAGUUAGUAAACUGAAUUUUAGCAGAUUAAAUCCGAACUGAACAAUUAAAGCUAAAAAUUCCAUGUCAGCCAGAGGCAGAGCUUAGCUUGUUUUAGCCUCAAUUUUACAAUUUGGAUUUAAUCCACUGAACGUCGAAGUAUAGUGAAUGACCUGAUAAACAUGUAUUUUACCAUCAUUACAUGAACGCAUGGCACAGCAAUGGUAGCAGGGAAUCCCAUGAUCACGUUAAACUGUCUGCUCAAUAAGGUAAACAGUUAACCCAACUCAGUGCAAACAUGUGCUACUAGUUACCUGUACUUACUUACUCUUUCACAAUAUCCAGGUUUUGUGUGACUGUCUGCUUUGUCCUUGAUUAGAUAUAGUUUCCAAGUGGCGACCAUGAAACUAACUCUAGAUCCAAAAUAUCCCCCAAUAACAUAUUAACCCUUUAACCCCUUAAGGACCAAACUUCUGGAAUAAAGGGGAAUCAUGACAUGUCAUGUGUCCAUAAGGGGUUAAACGUACCAGAAUUCUGGGAAUAUGUUCUAAAACUGGAGCUAUCACCGUGGAAACCAAUGUAACGUUCCUGCCUUUUCCUUCACUAUUAGAGCUUUGCCCCAGAGUUAAUCUUCAUGCAGAACCAAACUGUGUGUUUAACGG